CUCUGGGGCCCCCUCUCCAAUAUCGCAAGGCCGGGUCGCUCCCUGGGCCGCCGCCUCCUCUUCGCCAGGCCAAACGUACCGGGUCCCCACGAGGAAACCUCCGUGUGCUUUAGCAGCGGCUUUGGUGGCCGCUGCAGCCGCCCUGUUGGCCCCUGGUGCCGCGACUGUCCACGGGGACUCCCCACCGACGCCCGAAGAAAGUUGUCUCCACGCGGCCACUCCCGUAGGAGUCAGAAGGGCCUGGAGGGUGCGAAGCCAGCGGCCGAUCUUCCUCCCUUCCCCGUUUCAGGCCCACGUCAGCCUGGCCGCUCGGCGCGGGCACCGCACGAAGGGAGCUCGCCUCGCCAGCGCUCGCGCCUCCUCGGGAGGGCGGGAAAGGCGCCGCGAGAGGCCGGACUGUCUGCUCGCUCCUCCGAAGUCACGCGGCGAGCUUGCCCUUUGAGUAAAAUGUCCAUGGAUAUAACAUUUCUGGGAACGGGGGCUGCAUACCCAUCUCCGACAAGAGGGGCCUCGGCUACGGUGAUCCGUUUUGAAGGGGAAUGCUGGCUGUUUGACUGCGGUGAGGGAACCCAGACACAAUUUAUGAAAAGUAAUCUCAAAGCAGGCAAGAUUACCAAGAUUUUUAUAACUCAUCUGCAUGGGGACCACGUCUUUGGCCUUCCGGGACUGUUGUGUACAAUCAGCCUGCAGUGUAGUCCUGACGCCCGCAAGCUGCCAGUGGAUAUUUACGGGCCCCUUGGGCUAAAGGAUUUUCUCCAGACAGCCAUGGCGCUUUCCCGUUCUCAGCUGCUUUUCCCUUACGUUGUCCACGAACUGGUUCCCACUUGCAACCAGUGCCCUGAAGAAGAAUGGGCUGACGUGUUUGCUGGGAAGCGAGGCGAGGUCAGCUGUCCAGAGCCACCAGGGGACAUGAUUCACCUGAAUCUCGCAGACGACUCGUACUUCUUGGAGGACGGUGGGCCGGUCGUGGUGAAGGCUUUCAGAUUGUUUCAUCGUAUACCUUCUUUUGGUUUUCUGGUCGAAGAGAAGCCACGGACUGGCAAGCUCAACGCUCAGAAAUUGAAGGAAUUAGGAAUUCUGCCGGGCCCCUUAUAUGGGAAAUUGAAAGAAGGUGUUCCGAUUACUCUGGAAAAUGGGGCAAUCGUCUCUCCUACGGAUGUCUUAGGAAGUCCUUUUCCUGGAAGAAAAAUUUGCAUUUUAGGAGAUUGCUCGGGUGUGGUUGGGGACGGAGUGAGGUUGCUUUGCUCUGAAGCCGAUAUCUUGAUUCAUGAGGCCACGCUGGAUGACAGCCAGGUGGACAAAGCCAAAAAACGUGGCCACAGCACGCCAAAAAUGGCAGCAGAGUUUGCUAAGCUGUGCAAAGCGAGGAAGUUGGUCCUCUCUCAUUUUAGUCAAAGAUACAAACCUGCGAAUCAGAUGGGGGAAGGAGAUGCAGACGUUACAGAGCUGAAAAAGCAAGCUGAGAUGGUUUUGAAUGGACAAGAAGUGGUAUUGGCCGAGGAUUUUAUGACAAUUAGUAUUGCAGUUAAAAAAUCAAAAUAGGACUGCUGGACAACAAAAUGGAAAUUGGCAGGUAUGCAAAAACUCCAGCUGUGAUUUUCUUUCAGGUGAUCAUCUUGGAAGGGACUGAAGGAAAUUCGGUUUGAAUUAGGAUGAGCCUCUUCUUAUAAACAUCUGUUCUUUAUUGCAUCCAAUAUUUCUGAUGCAUUUGAAAUGUUGACAAGGAUUAAAUGUGCUUUUUUAUGUGCUAGGCCUUUGCAAGAGGGAUUCCUUCCUCAUAAGACAACUCUGCGUGUUUUAGUUAUUUGGAACUGAGGACCUCAUGAACAAAGGCUGCGGUUUUUUAAACGCUCAGUAAUAACAUGGGAAUAAUUGAAGUUAGGGGUGGAAAACAUGCUUUGAGGAAAUAUGCACCUAUUCAAUUGGGAGAUUUGUCCUCUUAAUGCAGAGUGCAUAAGAGUGUGCCAAGAAUGAAUUUGAACAAUCAGUAUUCUGUUCCAAACUGAACAGGUUGCUUUCUGUACAGUCCAAACAGAUAGAUAACUCAGAAGAAUAAACAGAAAUAUAGCUUUUAUUCUGGGAAUUCUAGACAAUGACUUACAGUCACGUGGAGAUGCAUCCAGAAGCACAUGUUUGCAAUAUUGGUUUAUUCCCCAGGUAAAUUGACAUUGGAUUUUCCCCUCUUCUCUUCCUGAGCGUCACAUGUUGGUGAGGAUCUCCUAACCAUGUGGCUAGGAACCAUGCGGCUGGUAAACAAAUGAUCCCAUCUGGCUUGUGUCCAGGAAGUCUCUCAAUGACCUUUGAUACUCCUCCCACUGACCCAUCAGCAUACGUAGCAUUUAACCCAAUAACUGCCAGACACUCCAACACACUGAUACCUGCUCUCUAGUUAGGGCUACAUAGAGCUAUACGGUCCAUGGAGCUAUACGUUCCAGAAUAAUCGGCAUUUUCUGAAAGUGUAAUAAAUGCAGAAUACUUAUGCUGAAAAUACGAAAUACAAAAAAUGAAUAAAAUAGAGAGUUAACAAACUUCUUAAAGAAGUCACAAAAAAGCUCUACACUUCCUUUCUUCAACCAGAUCCUGACAGUCCAUUUUACCUCUUCGUUUAAGUCAAAUUCCCAUAAAAUUAUUCUAUCAAUUUUUAGCAAAAGUUGGAAGUAAUACAGUGUCAAACAGAUGGACUAAGAUAAGGAGAUCCAAGUUUGCAGUUGGCUCUGGGGUGGCUUGUGAGAUGUGAAGUCCAGCCUUGUCAUAAUGGAACAAAAUUUCCAUAUUGUGCUUCUAAACUUGAUUAAUUGUUGCUUCAAUAUUUCAAGUAUUUCGGUAUCACAAAAUUUUCAGAAAAAGAGAUGGAAAGAACUGUCAUCACCUGGCUGAACGCAAAAUGUGAAUAGUUGUCUGUCAUUGGCAGAAGUAUGUAGGAAAUGGUGGUGAUUAUAGGUCUCCUCGCUUGAUGACCAAUUAUUAGCAACUGUUUGGAGUCACAGUUAAUCCUUGACUUACAUCUAUUUGAUUAGUGAUUGUGCGAAGUUACAACAGCAUUGAAAAAAGUGAUGUAUCACAUUUUCACACCUUAUAACCAUUGUGGCAUCAUCCCCCAUGGUCAUGUGAUCAAAAUUCAGGCUCUUGGCAACUGGCUCAUAUUUAUGACAGUGUGAUCCCCUUUUGCCAAGUCAGUGGGGAAGCCAGUUUCACUUAACAACCAUGUUACUGACUUAACAACUGUGGCAAGGUCAUAAAAUGGGGCAAAAUUCAUUUAAUUGUCUUGCUUAGGAAUGGACAUUUUGGGCUCAAUUAUGGUUGUAAGUUAAGGAUUACCUCUGCAAUGUUGCUGAAUAAAUUGUAAUAAUGGCUGGUCCUGUAAGGUAACUGCUGUUGCAGCACCCCCAUGUUCAUGUGAUCAAAAUUUGGGUGCUUGGCAACCUGCCCACAUUUACAACUGCAGCAUGUGCUUCAACUCCCAACUCCUGGUUAUCUCCAUCUCUUGCACUUUGGGCUGCCCUCCACUCCCACAACCACCUGUAUCUGCUGCCCCCUACUGGUCCCAAGUGACCUGCACAAUCUUCUUCCUCUGCUGCUGCUGCUGCUGCUUCUGAGGUGUGCCAGGCUGAGGCAGCUGCUGGUCCUUCAUGAGCUUUGUUAAAGUCUAUGCAACUCAAAAUUCCUGAGGUUGAGAAACGCUGGUCUAUGCUAAUUAUUUGCAAUCUUGUUUCCAGGGUUUCCGGGAAGUUAUUGCACCUUUUGAUAUACGAAUAUAGAAAUAAUGUGAAUUCUUGCCCCUUGCUUCUUGCCUGCCUUUUAUCUUAUUUUUGCCAGCUGUUUUUGAUGUUUGCUAUUUUUUAAUAAAUGAACAUCAAGCUG